AUGUCCUUCGUGAUGCCUCCGACGACUGCACACGACGUCCUUGACUGGGGUUCCUUCGUACGCAAUCAGGAACAGACUGGCGUGGGCAACAAUAGCCCCGACUUCACCAACCCAUUCUCGAAAUUCGCGAGCGAGCCUCAGACGACGGAAACUGCACGCCCACGUCGGUACUCGUCCAUCUCUCAGUCUUUCCGCCAAAGUAUCUCUGAGAUCCGCUCCCUCACGCGCCGCAUGUCGCUCACCGUCAGGGGCAAAAGCUCAAAGCAAAAGGAGGAAUUGGUGGAGCCUAAGCGGCCGCAAUUGCCCCUUUUCAAGUCGGGCACUGAUAUGAUGGAUCUCACGGAAGCCAUGUCGACAAGGCCCAAGUCUCGUGGGCGGAUGUUGCGAACUCCCAGCGCAAGGAGAAGACCGUCACUGCCGCUGCUGCAUCUGCAUGCUACACCAGAUUCACUCAGAGACGCCGAGAAUCCCACGAACGCGCGGAGUAGGGGCCAGCCGCUUUUGUCGGAUCUCGUGUAUGGAGGAGCUGAAGCUCGUGCUGCGGCCGCCGCCCAGAAUGAACUUUUUCAUGCUACAAGAGCGCCGCCUCUCCCACCUUAUGAGCCACCUCAACCCAAGGACGACAAAGUUGAGCAGGACGCAGAGAGCGGAAUCGGGAUUGUUCUUGAUACUCGUACACGCCGCGGAUCUUCUCCGGCGAAUGUGCAUGUUGUUCGUCAGGACCCAGUCACUGUCCUCGCCACGGAACUAGUUGAGACUAUUCUGUCGUUUCUUGAUGUCGAGUCAGUGAUGCAGGCUUCUCUUGUCUGCCAUAGAUGGCACGAUUUAUGUCAGUCACAGGCCGUGUGGAGACGAGUCUUCCUACGCGAGUACGCGCCCAAAUCUCGAGCACCUGUUGCCGGCAUGCGACUCGCUGGACUAGGCAAAAAUAGACCCGGGCAGGACUAUAGGAAACUGUUUCAGGUACGAACCUUGGUCGACAAGCGCUGGCGCAACGGCGAAGCCGCUGCCAUCUACCUCAACGGCCACAAAGACAGCGUCUACUGCUGCCAGUUCGACGAGCAUAAGAUCGUUACAGGAUCACGCGACAAUACGAUCCGAGUCUGGGAUGCGCACACCUAUCAAUGCAUACGGAAGCUGGGACCGCCGAAUAACCCAAGGGAGAGGCAGUCUGUCCAAGUGCCGCUCGUGGAGCCUGAAGGAGUUCUGCCCUUCUUCAAGGCCUAUGUCGACUCACCCGGUCCUCAGUCACCAGAACUUCCUCUUUACCACCAAGCCUCGGUACUCUGCCUGCAAUACGACGACGAGAUUCUUGUGACUGGAUCCUCGGAUUACUCAUGUUUGGUCUGGUCGAUCAAAGAUGACUACAAACCGAUGUUUCGCCUCGUUGGGCACCACGCCGGAGUCCUCGAUGUUUGCAUCGACAAGGAUCGCAUUGUCACCUGCUCCAAAGAUACGACCAUCAAGAUCUGGGAGCGUUCAAGCGGCAGGCUCAUCCGGACGCUCCUAGGCCAUCGUGGGCCUGUGAAUGCUGUUCAAGUUAGGGGGAACUUCCUAGCCAGCGCUAGCGGCGACGGCAUGUCUAAGUUGUGGCGCCUCGAGGAUGGCGUUUGCGUCAAGGAGUUCCCAUCAAAGGAUCGCGGGCUGGCAUGCGUGGAAUUUUCGGAGAAUGGACGCACAAUCUUCGCAGGCGGGAAUGACCAAGUCAUCUACGAGUACGACACAGUUACGGGUCAGCGCAUACGCGAAAUGCAAGGACACAAAGACCUGGUCCGCUCACUUCAUCUGGACUCGGCCAACAAGCGUAUUGUCAGCGGCAGCUAUGACCAUUCAAUCAAGGUGUGGGACGCUGAAAAGGGCGAAUCGGCCCAGGACGGAGGGUUGAAGAUCAACUUUGAAGGUUGGUCGUCGAGUUGGAUCCUGGCGGCGAAGAGCAACUACCGGAAGAUUGUCUGCACCAGCCAAGAUGCAAGAGUGGUUAUCAUUGACUUCGGAUAUGGAAUUGAUGGUGUUGAUUUGGUCGAUUCAUGA